AUGGCCCCAGCUGGUCGAGAUGACGAGGCGCCGUCAUGGACGAUUCCACCGACGCAGCUUGUCACGAUUGAAUACCCAGGAUACAUUCAUGCAAGCUGCAAAGCAUUAGACAGUGCCUUGACGUCCUUAUCCCCACGCAUGGGUCCCCUGGCAGGGACAGCGAGUGCACGGCAGGCUUUGGAGCAUCUGAGCAUGCUGUUAGAUCGCGGAGCGCGUAUUGUGGAAUGUCAUCUUCUUUCACAAGAGCCUGACGAUACAGAUCUGUAUCGCCAUCCCAUUUUAGGAGAUAUCGUGCAGAGUCAGGACCUGGUUGUGCGUAUUCGAAGACAAGUAUGGAAGCGCUCGGACCAGGACGUCUAUCGGAAGCAGUACAUGCUCGAGUUAGUUGGAUCAUGCACUCAUGCAGUGCGAUUCCGACGUAUGGCUGACUUUGCUUAUCGUCCUGACCCGCCUUCUGGAUCUUCAGAGCAUCCGGCCAUGUCACUGCAUCGUGCGCUCAUGACAUUUGACGUCCAUUCCUUGCGUGCCUACCGAUUUGAGCCAGAACGAGAGCUGUACGAAGUGAGUGAAAACGGGACGCCUAUCAGCAAUCUCGCCAUGAUACCUCCGCCAUUCUUUAGUCGACAAGAGUUGCCGUUUCCAUACGGCUACCGGCAGAACCCCACAUCCAGUUUGCAAACGGUAUCACAUGCGUCGACGUCGAAGCGGAGUCGCCGAACGGCCCGUAAAGGUGAAUCAAGCGCGGAGCAGCCAGCAGAUCUCGAGGACACCGCUGUUACGAGAUACAUUAAUCGUGCUCGUUGGCGCAAUCUGGCGCCGAUUGCUAUCAAAUUUUCCGAUACAGGGCCUGUCCCACAUGCACCGGAUCCAAGUCUAGCUGCCAUGCCUUUGUCCGAGAAGCAAACGAUGCAAUUACAAAAAUUACGGGAACAAUGGUCGAAGCGCCCGAUCUGGUCACGACUGGCGCUUCUCAAUCAGUUUUCCGAGCCGGAAGCGCGUGCUUUGAUCCAAGCCAAGGAGCUUUUUGCUCUUGUCGCGUAUACAUUUGCUGAUGGUCCGUGGCGCGAUGCUCUUGUACAGUUUGGCUACGACCCACGCACGGAUCGGCAAAGUCGGUUUUACCAGCGCAUUCACAUGCGUGGUAAAACACCGCGUCGUCCUACAACGCGUGGCCUAUUUAAGAGCGAGUAUGGCACUGCUUCUGAUACACGCCGCUCUCACAUCCGCUCAGCGGAACUCAUGAGGUCUCCCACGCACGAAUUCGACGGCAAAACAGCUUCUUUUCACACCAGCACGUUUCAACUGUGUGAUAUUACGGCUUUGUCCAUUGUGCCGCUGAUUCACGUCGAUGGCCCGAACCAGCUAUUGCUAACACCUGACGUUACGACUGGUUGGUACGCACCACAGGCUUGGGAGGCCAUUCGAUCUGCAGUUUCAUCGAGUUUCCAUGCCUUGCUGAACGCGUCUACGAACGAUCAGCGCCCUCAAGAGGAUGUCGGCUCCAGCUCAGAGGAUUACAGCCAUGACGAGGAUGACGAUGAUGAAGAUAUGAACACAUAG